AUGCGCUGCCGCGACGAGGAGGAGGUGACGGCGACGUGUGCCCGGCGGACUCGCGCCAUCAUCCCGCGCAGGAGCAAAAGAAGUAGUGGGAGGCGGUCGCGGGUCGCAUGCAGCUUGUCGGACCGCUGCCGCGUGGCACCUUCAGUGCGGCUGCGUUCGAUGGGCGCACUGCGGCGGGUGACGGCGCUCCUGCAGGCGACUGACGCCCCGGUUGCUGAAGACGACUGUGCUCGGGAAGGCGAGAAACUGUGGGGUGCGGGGAAUCCUUUUCGGAGGACUGCGAAGAUUGAGCGGGAGUGUGGCGCACACGAUGUGGAGGCCGUGCGCUACACAAAUGUGUGUUGCUUCUUUGAUCUUCGAAUGGGGGCACGUUUGUGUGUGGGGUUCUUGGCCCCAGCGAGGGCCUCUCGCGGUUACGGCGUGCCGCUCGCCUUCCUGAAAAGCUCCAGAAGCCGCGUGCCCCGGACCCACACACGCACACACGCUGGGGGAGGAGGGCCUUUUGCGGGCGCGGCAGAAAAAGAGGGGCUCGCGCGGGGCUGCGGCCGCCAACAGGACGGCGUGCAAGGCGCUGCGUGUUGCGGGCGGGCCCGGCGUCGCGUGCCGGGGAGGGGCUUAGCGAUGUGGGCGCCGCGGGAGCCGGCAGGCCGAGAGGGUGGACGCAACAUGCGGGGAGCUGCGCGGGAGCGGCGACCGAAAACGCUCUGCUCUUGGGCGCCUCCUUUUUUUAUUGUUUUGUGGGUUCCCAGCGGGGGAGGAGUUUCUUUGGGCUGCGGUUUGCUGCGGCGGAUGCGCAUUGCAACACUACCGCCAGCGCGGCGCUGCAGCGGCCCAGUGAGUGAAGGACGAGGUGCAUAUUUUAAGCGGCCGGGGAAUCUGUUGCCGAUGGGUGUUGGUGGGGGGUGUUGUUUGCGCGCAGCGUGCAGGGAGAACACUCCAACACGCACGCGGCGCGGAGGUGCCGCAAUUCCGCGGAUUUGGGCGGCGGCGUUGGGGGGAAGUGAGCAGCGGAGUGCAGCAGCGGACUGCGUUUCUACCGAAGUGCUGGAAGGGAUUGUUUUUUAA